UAUACUAGUCUCACCCAUAGUUAGUAAAAUAUGGUAUGGGAAAGUUACGUAUAAAAUACGUACGCGUAUUUUACUUCAUCUCUAUGUUGAUGUUACGUUUAAUAGUACGUCAAUUGUCAUAAAUAUAGAAAAAAAUAUUAUUUUGAAAAUAAAUAAAUAUAUUAAUAAUAGUAAAAUUGAAAUUUAAUUCAUUAAAUACGGAUAUUAAACGUGUUAUACGGGUUUUAUACGUGUUUAAUACUGGAGCUAUCAAAUGAAGGGGAAAAAAUAAAACGGCUUCACAAUAAUACGAAUAUGGAAGUUUUAAACGGAUAAAAUACAAUUGGGUACAUAUACGUGUAUUAAAAGGAGUAUUUAGUAACUUUCACCUAACUCCCCAAUAAAUUGCUAAGUAAAUAAGUAUCCGAUUUCCACAUAUUAGUUCCAUAUCAAAUUUGAGUAGGAUACCAACUCGUUAUUAGACCAUCUAAACAAAUAACUGCUUACAAGUUACAACCUCUGCCAGGGGCGGAGCUACGUUCAACAUAGGAGUGUUCUCGGUUCAUAGGAUCUUAAGGAUAUUUAGUACAAAUUUUAUAAGUUUAAAUUAUUUUGUUAAUUCUAUCAUGUAAUAGUAAUGUGGCCUAGUGGUAGCCAAGUUGAACUUGUAUUUUAAAGCACACUAGUUUGAUCCUUCUAGACAACCUAUUUUUUAUUUAAUUAUUUUCGACCCCCGGUCUCAAAAUCCUAGCUCCGCCCCUGACCUCUGCAACUCACAUAACGUGAGGGAUUAAUUUCUCAACACUUACAAAAUCGCCUAAUCAUUUCACAAUAAACUUGUAUUAUUUUUGCCACACAUACUUCCACUCUUAAUUACUAUUUUUUCAAUAGACGUGUUAGAUGUUACAAUUCCUAUCUUUUACUAGUGACGUGGCCACGAGCUGGUAAUAAGUAACUGGCCAAGUGAAACAAAUAAAUUGAGGAAUAAUUGGUUGACGAUAAUUGACAACCGAAGUUUCCUAUAUAUGUGCGUAUCCUUCCUUCCUGCUAAUAUUUAUUUGCAACUGGACAACACAUGAUUGCAGUGUUAUUAUUGUGUGUAUACGAAGGCAAGGGUCGUUAUGGUUCAAUCAAUAAUGGGUCUUGAGGGGAUCCUUUGUCUUGUAAUUCAUUUGGUGAAAAGAGCCGACAUAUAUAUACAGUACGGGAUGGAGAUCCAAUACAAAGAUGAGCCAAAUCUCAUAGAUGAUUCCGGAAUUACAUACUUUUUUUCCACGAAUGAUUGCAUAAAUGGAUAAAUAUAGGUUAAUUAGAUUAUGAUUUAUGAACAUGGAUGGAAGAGAAAUUGAUUAUGUAAUCCAUUGUCAUGUUAAAUCUUAAAUGUUAAUAAAAUAAAAAUUAUUUAUCAGAAAGGAUGAAAACAUGGUGAACCCAAUUCGUUUUUUUUUUUUGUUUAGUUUUUUGACAUUUUGUUAAUUUUUUAUGGUUGUUUGUUUAUAGGAUUUGAAAAAGCGCACUUUGAUUAAAACUUUGAAAAUUUGAAAAAAAAUGGAGAACUAUUUUUAUGAAUUUGAAGGCAUUGCCCAUUGGAGAUUUGGUAAAUUUGUUGGACUUGAUCUUAUAUUGGGUUUGUGAGUUUAAGAGUAUGUUUAAUUACUUCACUAAUGUUAAAUUUUAACUGAAGUGGAAAUAUUAGGCCGGCAUAUAAAUAUAGGGUUAAUUGCAAGAUUGAUCACUGAGAUCAUUAAAAACAUUCAUGUUUAGUCAUUGAAAAUAUUUAAUUCAGUUCAUGGUCAUUAGAUUUUAUAAAACAAUCUAAGUUUGAUCACUCUCCGUUAGUUUCCCUCUAUCUCUGUGAACACCGUCAAUUAACUGCUGACGUGAUUCAUCCUAUUUUAACCCGUCACAUCAUAAAAUCCGACCCGCCAUGUCAUCAAAACCCGCUUCGUCAGUUUUUCCAAACCAAACCCAACCCUUCCCAACCCGUGAUCUAACCCUAAACCCUACCACCGGCUCCCCAUCUUCUCUCCCUUUCCAUUUUCCAACCAAUGUCCCCCUUCAAUCUUCCGGCCACUCCCCUGUUCUCACUUUCUUCGUGGAUCGAUGUUGGUGGAUGCGAUUGACGCCAUGCAGGUGUGAUGGCGAUUAAGAGUGGCGGCAAGAGGGAGGUCAAUCCCUCGAUGGCAUUCACAACACUGGUGCCUUGCUCUCCUAUUCCUCGUCCUCAAUCCUCACCACCGGCAAAGACUUAUCGGCGGCGAGUUGGAGAUGACGAGGAUUCCUCUCCCAAUCGGACAUGCAGCAGUAGAGCGAGUCGAGGACCACUUGUUCCACCCGAGAUCAAGAUUUUUCCUCUCUUUUUUCUGGCUUUAAAGGGAUACGAUUUUUGGCAAGAUUCAGGACGCAAUCUUAUGGGUUUCUUCUAGGGAUGGCAAUGGGUCGGGUUGGGUCGGGUUUUGCCAAACCCAAAUCCAUGGGUUUAUCCGUGAAAAAAACCCGGGGUAAAACCCACUGGGUUUGAAAAACUCAAACCCAACCCAACCCGCUGGGUAUCCGCGGGUUCAUGGGUACCCACGGGUUUUUGUCGUAAAAAAUUAACAAUAACAAAUUCCUAUCAAAGUUCAAGUCAAAUUACUCAAAUAUCAAUCUCUCAAUACAAAUUAUCCAUAUAUACCAUUCUAGAAAAUUCAAGCAAAUCAGAAAUUAACUAUACAAAUUGUUUAACACCAAUCUAGAAAACUCAAGAAAAUUGAAUCAAAUCACAAAUUAUCCAUAAAUAACAUGAUUAAUUGAAAGCUUCUUCCUUUCAAUUAAGUUUUUUCACUCUCCACUCGAUAACAUCAAUUUCAUUCUACGUAACUAAAAAGAAAAAAUUAGACAUGUCUCCACAAACAUAAAUAAGAUUAGAUGUUUAGAAUAUUAAAUAUACCAAUAAAAUAAUUAUAUGAGUGUGGGCGGGUACCCAUGGGUCGGGUUUACCUAAACCCAAACCCAACUCGGUGAAUAGUGAAUGGGUUUAAACCCAAACCCGGCCCAAAACCCGUCAACACGGAUUUUACCCGCGUUGACCGGGUUGGGUCAGGUGGGUACCCGUGGGUUCGGAUUUUGUUGCCAUCCCUAGUUUCUUCUUUGUUCUCUGACAGAGGCCCAUAUCUGAUGGGGACAGAGGCCCAGAGUCAUCUUCCCUCUGGAGUUCAAGCGCCAACUCCUCGAGCUGGCUCCGUGUUUGAGUUCCGCCGCCGUUGAAAUUAAAUAUUUCCGGUGAUCAAACAUGAACGUUUUUAGUAAUCUUAGUGGCCAAUCUUGCAAUUACUCUAUAAAUAUAUAAGGUAUCUCAAAUACCUCUAAGAAUUUGAGAUCUUGCAUCAAAUCCCAAACUUUAUACAAUAGAAAUUGAACUUUUUAAAAAUCCAUUGUUUAUUGGAUUUGUAUGCCAAACAAUCGCUCCACAGAAGUUAGUAUACACCUCCAAUCUUAUCCCUCUUGGUUUCAACUAACCCGUAUCAACAUUGAUCCUGUAAAACCAAACAAGAACUCCUUUCUCACCACCGACCGCAACUUUUAUUAAAUAGAAAAAGGCCGAUCCAUUGCAAAAUUAUUUUGCUCUAUAAAAAUAUACCUCUCCACCAUUAUUAGUUCUUGUUGGCCUUACUUGUUAAUCACCUCGACCCUCCACUACAAUAAUCUACACAAAGAAAUCACCGAACCCCGUUUCUUUAAUUGUUUCGACGUGGAUGGAAGAAGAAAAAAAAGUCACUUUCCUCCCUACCCCUCCUUUGUUUGUUCCGCGUGCAGUGUGUAAAUAUAUAAAUAGAAGAGGUUAGGCGCCGUACGUUGUCACCUAAAUCAGUUGAUUUCCUCCUAUCCUUCCUUUUUUCUCUCAACAACGGGUAGCUUCUUCUCGUGGUGGCCUCUCGAGCAUCAAGAUGAGGGUGGCCGUCCUGUUGUCGUCCGUCGUAUGGUUCAUGGCAGCGGCGGCACUGGCGGAGCUGCCGCGGCUGGAGCACAGCGGUUCGAAGUACUUCAAGGCCGGCAACGGCGACGGAUCCCUGGCCGUGUUGGUGGUCGGAGACUGGGGCAGGAAAGGAGCCUACAACCAAACUCAAGUUGCCACCCAGAUGGGGGCAGUUGCAGAUGCAGCAAAAAUCGACUUCCUGAUAUCAACCGGGGAUAACUUCUACAACGACGGAUUAACAGGAGUCGACGACCCCAACUUUUACCAUUCCUUUGCCGACAUCUACACAGCACCCAGCCUGGAGAAGCAGUGGUACAACGUUUUGGGGAACCACGACUACAGAGGCGACGUAGACGCACAACUGAGCACAGCCUUACAAGACAAGGACCCCAGAUGGUUGUGCAUGACAUCCUUCAUUCUCGACACCAAGCUGGCCGAGUUCUUCUUCGUCGACACCACGCCCUUCUCCGACAAGUACUUCACCGACCCGGAAGACCACGUCUACGACUGGAGCGGCCUACUCCCUGACCGAGCUACCUACCUGUCCAACCUCCUGGCUGACCUGGACUCUGCUCUCAGGGCGUCGAAGGCAAGGUGGAAGAUCGUGGUGGGGCAUCACACGAUCAAGAGCGCGGGCCACCAUGGCAACACCGUUGAGCUGGAGGCUCAACUGCUGCCCAUCUUGGAGGCACACGACGUGGAUCUGUACGUGAAUGGGCACGACCACUGCCUGGAGCAUAUCAGCAGCAGCCGGACCAAGCUUCAGUUUCUCACCAGCGGGGCAGGGUCGAAAGCGUGGAAGGGUGACGUCAGCUCGUGGGAUCCCAAUGAGAUGAAGUUCUACUACGACGGUCAGGGGUUCAUGACGCUUCAGAUCUCGUCGGAUGAAGUUCGUGUCGUUUAUUAUGGCAUCAAUGGUGAAGUCCUGCAUCAAUGGAGCACAUCGGAAUUGUCAGUCUCUCGGAUGUAGUAGCAUCAAAACCACACUACUACUGUUACUAAUUCAGCGAUAUUAUCAUUCGA